AUGCAGAAGCAGGCAACUGAGUGGAUGAGGAAGAUAGACAAGUCAGGCCUUCCAGGGAUGUUCAAAGCAUGGAUCUUCCAACAUGGACUGCUGCCGAGACUCAUGUGGCCACUGAUGCUAUAUGAGGUUCCUUUGACAACAGUGGAAGGACUAGAGAGAUCCAUCAGCAGCUACCUGCGAAGGUGGUUUGGAGUCCCGCCGAGUUUUUCCAACAUCGGGCUCUACAGCCGGACAUCAGCACUACAGCUCCCACUGUCAUUAGUGGUGGAGGAAUUUAAGGUCACAAAGGCCAGACUGGUGAUGACGCUGCGGGACUCGAAGGACGCGAAGAUAAGGCAAGCAGGGAUCCAGACUAGGACAGGAAGGAAAUGGUCCGCAAGCCAGUCAGUGGAGCAGGCCGAGGGAGUUCUCAAGCACCGGUACAUCAUCGGAGCAACCUGCUCAGGGCGGCAAGGAUUGGGGACAACACAUUUACAGAUGUGGGAAGGAACAGACGACAAGAAGAAAAGAUCAAUGGUACAGGGAGAGAUUCGAAGAGAGGAAGAAGGAGCUACGAAAGCAAGAGCAGUAGAAAUGAGGUCACAAGGGGCAUGGACCAGAUGGAAGCUGCUGGAGCGGAAGCUGACAUGGACAGACCUGUGGCGCUAUGAACCAUUGAGGAUCCAGUCCCUGCUGCGGUCGGUAUAUGACACCCUACCAUCGCCAGCGAACCUCCAUCAGUGGGGACUAGUUGAAGAGCCAAAAUGUCAGCUUUGCCAAGAACGUGGGACCAAGAGUCAUCAUAUCCUUUCAGCGUGCAAGACAGCACUGACUCAGGGACGAUACCGAUGGAGGCAUGACAAGGUGCUUAGGGAAAUGGCAGAAGUUCUCGAGGUGGAGAGGAAACGGAAGAGUCCGCCACGAAAGCACAAACCAUCCUUCAUCCGGUUUGUGAAAGCAGGGGAUAAGGGGACCAGGACAACACCAGGCAUCACAGGCAUUCUUGGAGGGGCAGAGACCUGUGAGAUGAGAGUGGACCUGGGGGAAAAGUUGGUGUUUCCGGACGUGGUACAAACAACACUACGUCCUGAUGUGGUGAUAUGGUCUGCCGAAUCCAGGCAGAUCUGGGAAGAGCGAUGUGACCAGGCCAACGAAAGAAAGAGAGCCAAGUAUGUAGACCUCAUGGAACAAUGUAUGGAACGGGGGUGGUGCACUUGGCUGUUCCCUGUGGAGGUCGGCUGUAGAGGGUUCCCGGCACGCUCAGUCUGGAAGAUGUUUCAGGCUUUGGGUGUGGUCGGGAGGACACGGAAGAUGGUGGUGCGCAGACUAGCGGAGGCUGCGGAACGCGCAUCAUGCUGGCUGUGGAGUAGACGGGAGGAGAAAGACUGGAAGCCAUCCAUUGACAGGCAGUGA